AUGCGACAGCGACACGACGAUAAAUUAGAUGCGUUGAAAUGUUUGUGUUGUAUCCCCGUGGCCGGCGUCCGCGUCGACGGCGCACGCGCAUACAUUAGCGCACAAUACCGCGGGGGGCGCCCAUUGUGUCCCACACUUCACACCCCACCCCCCUCCACCCCCACCCACCUUCCCCCUAAUGAACAAUUCAAUACCUACCGAGACCUGCAAUUACGAGAUAAAAAUCGAGACAUGUGUGGUCAAAAGCUCCAAACUCUAAAGCCUCUUAAAGCGAGCGUUUACCGGAACAGUGAAAUGUUCGGAUGUACGAUUAGGGUUGCGCACGCUCGUAAUUCUAGGUUUACGCGGGUUCCGCGCCGACUAAUGACCAGAUAA